AUGAUGAGAAGACGAACAAGAUGGCGAUCAUGUAAAAGAAUGUUAGAAGGAGUGAAAGCCUUAAUCCAGCAUAGGCCCUUGCCUGACGCACCUAUGGGAGGGACCAGAUGGAUGUCCAAGGAGAAUCUGCUGUCCAUUAACAUUGAGGAUGAUCCUACGUUGUUUGUGGCAUUGUACGACUUCCAGGCAGGAGGAGUUAAUCAGUUGAGCAUAUCAAAAG